AUGCAAAUUGCUGUACUUCCUAUUGGUAAAUUCAUGGCUGCAACACUUCCAAAGAAUAAUUUUGCCUUGUUUGGGAGAUGGGGUUCAUUUAGUUUGAAUCCAGGACCUUUUAAUAUUAAAGAGCAUGUUGUUAUUACUGUUAUGGCGAAUUGUGGUGUGUCUAUUGGUGGUGGUGAUGCUUAUAGCAUUGGAGCUAUUACUGUUAUGAGGGCUUAUUAUAAACAAAGUGUUGGUCCACUAGUGACACCGUGGUCCUCGAUUCUAAAUGUUGGCGUUGGAUUUGUCAUGUUCAUAUACAUCAUUGUUCCAUUAUGUUACUGGAAGUACAACACUUUCGAUGCUCAGAAGUUUCCAAUCUUUUCAAAUCAGUUGUUCACAGCUAGCGGGCACAAAUACGAUACCACCAAAAUUUUCACUCCACAAUUCCAUCUCAACAUUUCUGCUUAUGAAAAGUACAGCAAGCUCUACCUCAGUCCUUUGUUUGCUCUCUCAAUUGGAUCGGGAUUCGCGUGGUUUACAGCAACCCUCACGCAUGUUGCACUAUUUCAAGGCAGUGAUAUUUGGAAGCAGAGUAGUUCAGUUGUGAAGAAUGUCAAGAUGGACAUCCAUGCAAAGUUGAUGAAGAGUUAUAAGCAA